CCCUAAUAGCGAGUAAAUGGGGAGAUGGGGCGCCUUUGAACAGGAUGGGGGUCGCUGCGGCAAUCUGGAGCGCAUCACGGAGCCAUCGCUUGUGCUCCACAUCUUCAGCUUUCUGGCUCUUCCAGAGUUGUUCACAUUGCGGGCUGUCUGCAAGUCCUGGUAUGAUGCUGUGCUCGCUCCUCGUUUCGUGCAGCUGUACAAGCCAUCGCUCAAACCCUGGGCUGUGCUCAGAGUGCGGACGGAUCCGCCUGUUGACCGGGAGCUUCGCUAUGACGAGGAGCAUUUUGAUUAUGGCAUGAAGCUGGAGAAUCACACUGAGCUAUGGCGUCCACACCUGAGCUUGAACCAACGUAAGAGAUGCAGUCUUCCAUUGGGCCCAUCAGGUUCGCGUUUCGUGGGCUUGUGUUCUUCCAAUGGACUUGUCUGUGGCAUGCUCAUGGAACAUAGAGACUCGGUGACUUCAGCUGUGGGAAACCCGAUCACCAACAUGUGGAAGGCACUACCGCCUGCUCCAAUUGCCUCUCCGGAUCGUCCACGCCCAGCCUACCUCAACAUCUCCAUGGAAGCAGAAAUAAACGCAGACAGUAGCUCUUACCAGGUCGUGAUACUGUACCAGAAGUACCAGACUCCUGUUGAAGGCCCGACAGAAGAUGAUGAUGACGACCAAAUUUGCUCACUGCAGUACGAAUCAGAGUCAUGUUCUUGGCAUGAAGGCCUGCUCUUCAGCACUUCAAACUCAUUGGGAUCACCUCUCCGAGGGUGUGCUUUCUUCUACACUGGGGAGAACAUAUUCCCAGCUUACGAUCCGCAUUCCAGAGCUUGGUCUCAUGUAGCUAUCUCGCCACCAGCACGUAACGAACAAGAACAAGAACAGGAAGACGAUAGCUGGGCAAACUGGUCUUUUGGAUACAUAGGUGCCUUCAUGUACAAGGGGAAAUGCUACUGGGCAUCGUUCAUGUUCAAUGCAGAGACAUUUGAAGACAUUGGAGUGGCGAUCUGGGAGAUGAAACAGGAAAACUCAAUGUGGGUCUUGGUGUCGCGGAUUCUGUCCACGGACCUGUUUGGAACCAAUUGUUGUUUGUCAGUGGGGGACAAGGAUAUGACCGUGAGGCUGGUCGAGGACACCGCUUUCAUCUUGGUUUUCUAUAGGAAGGAAAGCCAUGGGGUGUGGCCUCCUGUUGCGUACGACUUUGCUCUGUCCAAGUGGUAUACUUGCUGCAUGGAGAACAUGGAGAACGAGGAUAUUGAGUGCAAUUAUGUGGUGAUACCCAGCCUAACUGCCAAGCCUUAACAGGAUCUCCAUAUGUAGGAAACGAGAAAUUUUCAGAUCAUACCAGUGAAUGGAAUGUUUCCUGUUCUGGGUACAAAUUCCUAUGAGCUGCAUAAGUUUUGUUCAUGAAUAAAUUACUCAAAACUCCAAGUUUCCCAA